AUGUUGUACACAUUGCUGAUAUUGUUUCUGAUCGCGUUGCUGCUUUGCGACUACCGAAUGAAGCAAGGGGAAGCGUAUCGUGCUGCCUGCCAAUACCCUGGAGGGGCCAUGUUGCCACUGCUGGGAAACCUCCUAGAAGUUUUAGUUAGAGAUCCUGUGAAAGCAUUCGAGUACGCUCGAUCGAGUGCAAUGAAAUAUGGCCAAACGUACCGACAUUGGAUCUUCGGCGAUGUCAUCCUGAACAUCACCAGGGCAAAGGAAACGGAGUUGAUUCUUUCCAGUACAAAACACACCAGCAAAAGCAUCGUCUAUCGGUUUCUAGCACCGCUCAUGGGUGAUGGACUGCUGUGCAGUAAGGGUGACAAGUGGAAAACUCGAAGACGGAUCCUAUCGCCGGCAUUCCACUUCAACAUAUUGAACGAUUUUCUUUUGGUGUUUCAAGAAGAGGCCAAUAAGCUGGUGAACGCCCUGGAAGCUGAUGCCGACCGGAAGCGUGAAGUUGUGCUUCAGUCGAUCAUUACAAGAUUUACACUGAACACAAUUUGUGAAACCGCGAUGGGUGUGAAGCUGGACUCCUACAAGGACGCAGACCGAUACCGCUCGAAAGUGUACGAUGUUGGAGAAUUGAUCGUUCACCGAACGAUGACUCCGUGGUUGCACGGUGAUGGCAUGUACAAUUUUUUAGGUUAUCUACAGCCCCUAGAACGUGCCAUUGAACCUAUUCAUGAGUUCACGAGAAGUAUUAUAGGACAAAAGCGGGAAAUUAUGAUAAAGAAACCUUCAAGUGCUAAGAUAUUUGUCAUUUUCAGAUACUUUGGAACAAAGCAGCGUUACGCUAUGUUGAAUACUCUUCUGAUAGCUGAAGCUAAUAACGAGAUUGACGAGACCGGUAUACGGGAAGAAGUGGAUACAUUCAUGUUUGAAGGGCACGAUACAACGGCAGCCGGAAUAAUAUUCGCACUGCUUUUGCUGGCCAACGAGCAGGAUGCGCAGGAGAAAGUCUACGAAGAAUUCCGAUCAGUGCAGUCAACGAAAACCAAACACGAAGUGUUCACAACAAUGGACUACAACAAUCUAAAGUAUCUGGAUCGCUUUAUUAAAGAAUCACUUCGGUUGUACCCACCGGUGGCGUUCAUCUCCCGUAGUGUUUCCGAUAAAUUAAAAAUCGAUUCCACCACAUUCCCCCACGGAACGAUGACUAACAUUCACAUCUUCGAUCUGCACCGUGAUCCGGCGCAAUUUCCCGACCCGGAAAAGUUCGACCCCGACCGGUUUCUCACGGAGGUGGCCGCCAAACGGAAUCCGUACGCAUACGUACCGUUCAGUGCGGGCCCGCGCAAUUGCAUUGGCCAAAAGUAUGCACUACUGGAGAUGAAAACCAUCAUCUGCGCCCUACUGGACCGGUAUCGGAUUCUUCCGAUAACCACACGCGAAGAGGUUAUCUUUAUGGCGGACCUGGUGCUGCGGGCAAAGUCUCCGAUCAAAGUUCUGUUCGUCAAGCGGGAUACUAUAAAAGAAAGCAUCACCGAAUCCAAAACGUUCGACUUGGCACGCACUUGGCCAAAAAUUUAUGGCGGUUCCUAUCGGUUCUGGUUGAACGAAUGGCUCUUUGCUCUGAACAUUGUAAGGGUUCGUGAACUGGAACCACUGCUGUCCAGCACGAAAAAUAUCGACAAAAGUAUGCUGUACCAUUUCUUGCACCCCUUUCUUGGGCUUGGUCUGCUGACCAGUACCGGUCCAAAAUGGCUCCAGCGGCGCCGGAUAUUAACACCAACGUUUCAUUUCAACAUUCUGACCGGAUUUCACAAAGUGUUCCUAGAAGAGUGUGAGCAACUUUUACAAACACUGGAGAAGCAAGCCAGCUGCGGCGAGCCUACUAAGCUUCAGUCCGAAAUGUCACGUUUCACGUUGAGUACGAUUUGUGAAACUUCAAUGGGUGUCAAACUGAAUUCCGUGGAAGGUGGAGAAGUAUAUCGGCAGAAACUGUACGAGAUUGGUGAACUGCUGGUUUACCGGUUGAUGCGUCCUUGGAUACACAGUGACUUUACUGCUCAACUCAGCGGUUAUUUUUCUGCCUUCAAAAAACUUACAGACCCCGUUCAUUCGUUCACUAAGAAAAUCAUCAAACAAAGGAGAGAGCAAUUUUAUCAGAUGUCGGACAAGCUGGAAGAUAUUUCCGAGGAUAACAUUUACACUAACACGAAGAAACGGUACGCAAUGCUGGACUCCCUUUUACUGGCCGAAAAGAAGGGACAGAUUGCAGAAGAAGGAAUCCGUGAGGAAGUCGAUACGUUCACCUUCGAGGGUCACGAUACUACUGCAGCAGCUUUGGUGUUCAUAUUUUUCCAACUGGCACUUGAACCCGCCGUUCAAGAACAGAUGUAUCAGGAGAUUUGCGAAGUUCGUUCCCGUAAGCCGGCCGAGGACAAAUGGUUCAGCCAGCAGGACUACAUGGAAAUGAAGUUUGUAGACCGGGCAGUGAAAGAGUGUCUACGUAUGUGGCCACCGGUUGCAUUUAUAUCAAGGGGCAUUACCGAAGAUAUCGUAUUAGCAGACGGUGAUGUCAUACCGGCCGGUUGUAUUGCCAAUGUUCACAUCUUUGAUUUGCAUCGUGAUCCGGAGCAGUUUCCAAAUCCGGAUGUGUUCGAUGCAGAUCGUUUCUUACCGGAGAACGUAGAGCGCAGGAAUCCGUACGCAUACGUCCCGUUCAGCGCAGGGCCCAGAAACUGCAUUGGUCAGAAGUACGCGAUGAUGGAGUUAAAGGUCGUAGUGGCGCACACCCUGCUGCAGUUCAAGGUGCUUCCCAAGACUCGUUUGGAGGAGAUUAAUUUUGUGGCGGACUUGGUACUACGAAGUACCAACCCAAUUGAAGUUAGGUUCGUUAAACGUUAG